AUGCUUUUACAACGGCGGAUUGCUAUUUAUGUACAUAUUUCAUCGGGUGUGCUCGAGUUCAUUACUUGUUGGCUUACGUUUUGUACUGGUAACACGUACAUAGCGAGGGCAGCGGCACUGGUAGCAAUUCUGGGCCAUAUUCCUUCAGCAUACUACCAAACGUCGAUCGUUUUCGGUGCCAAGGCUCUAAUAGUUGCGGCUUAUUUGUUCGCAAUAUCUUUACACCUAUUCUGCGCACUGAAUUUGUUUUUUCAAUCGGAUUCUGUGUACUGGUUGUUGAAUAUGUUUCUCGUUCACAAUGUGUAUGUCUGGUGUCGAAUACUCUAUGCGUUCUUUGGUUUUAUCGGUCUUUUCAAGGAUACACGGUAUACAAUUACUAGUUGGACAGCGGCUUUGAUUCUAUUUCCGGCUGUACUCGGCGUUUCGGCCAAUGUGCUGUUCUUGGGUUAUGUUGCUGGAAGUGUUUUCCUCUAUUUAUUCAUAGUUCAACCAGAUAAACAACAAAGGGAUCUAUUUCUCUGCGAGCGAUCACGAGAUUUACUGGUUAACACAGAGAUUUACGAGCAUUGGAUAAAAGACAAGAGCCGAUUGGCGAAAAUAUCGAAAAAAGCCGAAACGAACGAUCAGGAAAAUGCAAAAGAAAUUUUUGAUCUACUAGAUGCCGAUAAAAGUGGAUAUAUCGAUGGCGAGGAACUGAAUCAAUUACUAGAAGAAUGGAAAGUAGCAGAUGCGUUUAUCAAGCGAUUUUCCCGUUGGUCAAAGAAGGGAGACGUUGCAUUCGACGAUUUUUAUAAACAUAUUUGGCGUCUUGGAGAAAAAUCUAAAGAUCAUUUCGAAGAGAACCAAAUCAGAGAAGCUAAAGAAAAAGCACGAUUCGUGUUUGACUAUUUGGAUCAAGAUCACAGUGGAUAUAUCGAUGUGAUAGAAUUACAAAAGUUAUUGAUUCAAUGGGGAUUACCGGAUAACGAAGUCGAUGCAUAUCUUGCAACUGACGAUGACAAACGUUUUUCAUUUGAUGAAUUCUAUCACAAUGUCAAACCAAUAUGGGAUUUUGCAUAUGAGAACAUGCGUGAUGCUAAUUCUGGCACAAUCACUGAGAUACUACAUCCUCAUUCAAAUUGA